AUGGAGAGCCCGCAAGGAGAUGAGCACGAUUUCAAGGAGGCGGGUAUCCUGUCAACAGGCGCGUGCAGGCCUUCAGAAACAGAGGGAGGACUAGCACCAGCAACUGCUUGCCCUUCAGCUGGAGCAGCUGGAGCAGCAGGUGAAGGGAACGUGGGGAACAGCGGAUCGUGGGGAGUGGUGACUGCAGACGACGCUGUCUCAAGGAGUACUGCCCUGAUGGAGCGGCCAGAUGCCUCCUCAGCGAGGCCUGCUGGUGUUACUUCUAGUUCUGAUGGUGACGAGGACAAAAGAACCUACGCGACAAGGGCAGGCAGCGAAGGGCGCGCGACUGAAGGCUUCUGUCGCGGGACGAGUGCGCCUGAAAGCACAGCAACUGCAACAGAAACAGCAGAAGAUGCACCUGCAACAGCAACAGACGAGCCAGCACCGGCUGACGAGGCAGCAGCAACUGGGGACGUGUCGUUGUGGUCGUUUUGGCCGUCCGAUUGGCAGGUGUUGCCUCUCAACAGGCUUGCAACUCUCAUAAUCGAGACGCUUGUAUCAGGUGGCACCUCUCUACAACGGGAUAGCAGCAAACACAGCAGCAGAACCAGCAGCAGCCGAGGCAGGAGUUCUUAUAACAGCAGAGAUUCAUCUUUAGAGCACUGGCGAGACCGUCGCAGCCGUAAUUCACGGCUGCGACGCAAAGAGCACCGCGAUGUUGGUGAGGUGUCGUCGUCAGAGGGGACUGUGGAGUCGCCUUGCAGCUGCUGCAGCAGCAGUGGCUGCACCAGCAGUGACAGCGGGGGAGACAAGAGUCUCUUAGUGGGAGGCGCGAGCAGCCGGAGGCUUCAGAGCAGCAAGGCUCUUAGACAGCGGAGCCGCUUUUCUCACCAGCGGCUGCUGCGGCGGUCUUCCAGACGUCGAACGCCGCAUGGGGCUUCGACUACUGACCCUGCUACUGGCAAUAGCAGAAGCAGCAGCAGCAGUAGCAGGUGCUUUAGCAGAGACAGCAGUGGGUGCCGGGAUAUUAAAAACACAACUGAAGAAAACAAAGGCAGCGGGGGAGAAGAGGAGGCUGACGGUCUUCGACCCUCGUUACAAAAUUGGAUGGGGACACUUGGCUUGCAAAAUGUCCCUUUAGAAAAGGUGAUCAUACCAGCAACUCAUAACAGCGCCUCUUGGAGGGUAGCGAGGCUCAACGAACAACAAGCGUAUUACAGCCGUCUUGUGCAGGUCUGGGUAAGCUGCCAGCAAUUGAGCAUCUACGAGCAGUUGCGCAGGGGCAUUAGGUGGCUCGACUUGCGCUGCUGUAAGAGCCUCGAGUCAGUCACGCUGGCACCCCGCCUCCGACCCCGUCGGCGGCACCGCAACUCCGCCGCAGCAAGCCUUGGUCGUCGUCUCUCCCUGCGUUUCGCUGCUGCGGCCGCUCCAGGAACGAGCAGCAGCAGCAACAUUUCAAAGUGCAAGUCUAGCUCCCCAUGGGCAGCUGCAGAAAUGAGCGCAGUAGAUACCACAGAAGAACCAACCCGUACGACCGCUGAUUCAAUCUGUCCCAUGUCCCCGACCUCGAUGGCUUCAAAUGGACAUGGCCAUCAGCAUGCCCACAUUGGUGACUAUCAUCCGCACCAUCAGCAUGAGCUGCAACACCAGCUGGAAAAGGCUGAAGAAUUCGAGGUGGCAGGUGCCAGCCAUCAAGAGCGGCAAGAGCAUGAGCACCAAGAUAUGCCUGUAUCGGCGGCUGAAGAGGGAAAGAGCACAUCUUCUCACUGCCACCACCACCACUCGAAGCGCGUCCUCAGCGGGCAGCAAGGUGUUGCCUCUGCUGCAGCAGCUGCAGCAGCGCACAGGGACCUUGCUCUAGCAACCGGUGCGCGACGAGUGACAGUGGCAAGGGAAAUGGAGCAGGCAGGCGUCCCUCUCCACCAGUCUAUCCCCUUUUGCGCGCAUGGAGGCGUGCUCACCGUCCCCUUGAUGAGGGUUUUCGAGGAAGUGCAUGCAUUCCUUGUCGCACAUCCCACGGAGGUUGUAUUUUUAAGUUGUGUGCCGGACGAAGGCGUUGUGGGAGAGACCUUUUGCCGCUUGAAAGAAAUAUCCGCGACGGAGGUCCUCUUCUGCGUUGCUGCCUCUCUCGGGGACUUCCUAGGCCCUGGCCUGGAAGAGGGAGUGACUUUGGCGGACUUGGUGCAAAGAGGCCAGCGGUUGAUUGUGCUUUGGGCGCACCAAGAAAAAUGUCUUCCAGAGGCUCCCAAGUUCCCGUGCAAGAAGGGUCCUCUUUGUUCUUGUCGGUCGGUCAGCGGGGGCCGGCACUGCUACGCGUCUCUGGUUUCCGACUGGGUGGACAAAGUUGCGCCCAUCUUCUCUGCCGCCAACCGGUCUGGAGGCCCCGCUGUUUCCAACCAGGAGAGAGCAGAGACCACAGAAAUUGCGAGUGCCCCAGGCCCUCCAGCUGCUGCAACUACAGACACCGCCACCGGUGUAGCCGCAUCAGCCAGAUGUGGCAGAAACAACCCCGCGGAAAGGGGGACCGCCACUUCUGUAGCAAUAACGGCUGCAACUGCAGCAGCAGCAGCGUCUGGUGCUACUGCCUCUGCAGCAGCUGCUGAUGCUGCUGCUGAGGCCUUUGCAGUCACGGCCAGUGCUGCAGCAAACUCAGCAGUAACAGCAGAAGGCGUAGAUACGCAGCGGCGCACACGGAUAACCUCAUUCGUUUCGUCUCCAUUUCAGGCUGGCGGGUCACGUGUGUUCAAGUCCUUUUAUAGGACAAGUACUUUGCACCCAGAGGAACUCAUCAAGAAUUUGCUGCGGUGGGCAUCAGAAGAGCAGCGGUCGAUGGCGGUACAGAAACGGCAGGCAGCAGCCCUAAAACCCGUAGCUAACAACAAACCCCAGCACAACCCCAUCACCUUCCGCAUGCUCUGCGGUGAGUUUGUUGCUGGUUUUGUCGCUGCCACCUCGCCUACUGUUGCUGGGGUUGCUGCUAUAGUUGUCAUUCUUCGUGCGUCGGUAAUAGGUUCUUGCAUUCCCCGCACCACAACGGUUCUACCUCCAUCCUGCGCAUUUGACGCUUUAUGGUUCCAUGCAGGAGAAGUGACGGCUCCUCGUCGAUUUGCCGAAUUGCCAUUCAUAAAAUAUUGGCUGGGGCAAGGAGUCGCGGUCUGGAAAGACAAGCCUGUAGGCAUCAAAACAGCAGCCAAAGCAGCAAAUAAAAUGAUUUUGAGGGAGCUUUUGAAGCCUCUCCUGCAGCAGGUCCAAGAGUGGGCAGGCAGCUCACCCAGUAGCAGCAGCAGCCGCAGUGGAAAUGAUACUGAGCGUAGACAAAACCCGCUGGAAUAUAUAAACGCCUUCUCACACGAUUUUGCAGACCGCCGCAUUGUAACCCUCUUGCUGCGCAUCAACUGUGCUAUGCACUGCAUCCAUGAAGAGCCUCGUACUCUAUGA